UUCAAUUUCAUAAACCCGCCAAAAACAGAGCUCAGCAGAGGAAUCUCCCAGAUCUGCAAAGACCCAAAACCCCUUUUCUUUUUUGUCAAAAUCAACUUGAAAUUCUUGUUCUAAGGGAUGGGCUAUGUGGAAAAAUUAUCUGAAGCAAUGUUGCAGAAUGAAGAGAGGAAUGAAAGCCUUAAGGGCAUGAUGGAUUUCUUGGAGCUUGAAUUCAAGGAUUUUAAGAGCAUUGUGGCAUCGGCAAGGGCCUGCUAUACUGAAUGCUUGGAGGAUCUUCAAAAAAGGGAAGAGGGAUUGAAGGAUGAACUCAGAGGCAGAGAGAAAGAUUUGGAUAGGAAGAAUGAGAAGAUUUCUUCUUUUGAGAAAUGGUUGGAGAAACGGGAAAUUGAGCUCAACUCAAAGGAGAGCGUUUUCCAGAGAAGAGAAGAUGAGUGCACAGAAAAGAUGAAAUCUUUGGAGCAAAAGGAAGCGGAUUUAGGUUUUAGGGAAAAUGUUUUGCUUGUUAGAGAGCAGGCAUUGGGGCUCAAAGAGAAUGCAUUGGAGCUGAAAGGGAAGGCUUUGGAGAUGAGGGAAAAUGAGAUUGUUUCACGGGAGAAGAAUUAUCAGAGAAAGAUAAUUGUAUUGGAAGGUAAAGAGGAUAAGUUUCUUGCAGUAGAGAAGGAUCUGGAGAGAAAAAAAACUGAGCUUUAUACUAGAGAGCAGAAAGUCCAAAGCAAGGAAAAUUCCCUUGAUUCCAAAGACAAAAAGUUGAAGGCAUUGGGGAAAGAACUUGAUUCUGUAAAGAAAGAUUUGGAGAAGAAAAAAAUUGGGCUUGAUUCCAGGGAGGAAAAGGUUUCUUCUGAGCAAGAAGCUAUGGAGAAAAGUCAUGAGGAGAUUGCCUUGAAAUGGAAAAAUUUGAAGGAGUUUGAAACCAGAAUUGAAGUAGUUAAGGGGAAAGUUGUGAAUCUUUGCUCGGAGCUUGUAAAAAUCCCUCCUCCCUGUAUGGAAUCAAGUAGUUCUUUCAAUGCGCCUCAAUCAACAAAUGUGAAUUGCGACAGGAAAAACUUAGGGGAAUCAGCCCUGGAGCUCAAAGGGAAUGAUGUUACUGCCCAAGAGAGAAGUGAAUUAUUGAAGAAGUGUACUUCAACAGAAAGCGAAACUCCAACAACUCAGUUAAUUGGUUGCAGAAUAAAGGUUUGGUGGCCAAAGGAUAAACAGUUUUAUGAAGGCGUGGUCGAGUCAUUUGAUACUGAGAAAAAGAAACAUUUGGUCGUGUAUGAUGAUGGAGAUGUUGAGGCUCUCCAACUGGAUAAAGAACGUUGGGAGCUCAUUGCUGAAGGCAGAAGCCGGUAGACUUUGUUGUCAUGGUUGGCUGUCUUUUUUCUCUUUGAAGCAGAUUGACUAAUGUUUAAAUCUUUGUUCAUCUUUUCUUCCCA